UCCUUUAAUCUUUUUUCUUCUUUCAAAUCCAAAUGCAAAACCCUAAUUGUUGUGUAAUAAUCCAAAGAGAUGAAGAAAGGCAUUUUCAAGCAAAAGCCUCGAACACCGGUAGAGUUGGUGCGCCGCGUUCGAGAACUUCUAAUAUAUAUUGACACCAAAUCAAAUACUCGUGAAAGUAAACGUGAAGAGAAGCUUUUAGAGUUAUGCAAGACCAUACUUGAGAUAAGGACUGUCCUUUAUGGAAAUGGUGAAUCAGAGCCAAAUGCAGAUGCAUGUUCUCAACUUACUCAAGAGUUUUUAAAAGAGGACACAUUUCGCCUUCUCAUUGCCUCUCUUCCAAUUCUUAAACUUGAGGCUCGCCAAGAUGCAACUCGUGUGAUUGCAAACUUGCAAAGGCAACGAGUAAAUUCACGAUUAAUUGCUUCUCAAUAUUUGGAAGAUAAUUUGGAUCUUGUGGAUAUUGUCAUUCACGGUUAUGAAGAAGAGGGUGACAUUGCUUUGACAUAUGGUGCAAUUGCAAGGGAAUGCAUACGCCACCAGAGUGUAGCAAGGCAUGUAUUGGAAUCAGAGCACAUGAAGAAAUUUUUCGACUACAUUCAAAUACCAAAUUUUGAAAUAGCAUCAGAUGCUGGUGCAACUUUCAAAGAGCUAUUGACAAGGCAUAAAUCUACAGUUGCUGAAUUUCUUUCUAAAAAUUAUGAUUGGUUUUUCAAAGAGUAUAACUCUCAGUUGCUUGAAUCUACCAGUUAUUUCACAAGACGACACGCUAUCAAGUUAUUGGGAGAUAUGUUAUUGGACCGCUCAAAUUCUGGAGUAAUGAUCCGUUAUGUGAGCUCAUUGGAUAACAUGAGGAUCCUCAUGAAUCUCCUUAGAGAAUCUAAUAAGACAAUUCAGUUAGAAACCUUCCAUGUUUUCAAGUUGUUUGUUGCUAAUCAAAAUAAGCCUCCUGAGGUUGUUGGCAUACUUGUUACAAACAAGCAUAAGCUUUUGCAAUUUUUGGGUAGCUUCAAUAGCGACAAAGCGGAUGAACAAUUUCAAGCAGAUAAACAACAAGUAAUUAGUGAGAUAAUAAGUCUUCAACACAAGGAUCAUCCAUGCACAUCUUUGGACAAUUGUGAAGUUCCAUGUUGAAUAAUUUGUGCUUCGAUUUUUAGUUACAUUCCACAUUUUAUGUCCACCUUUUCCUUUGCUAUAAAGCCUCUCCUUUGUACAUUUUUAAAUUUACUUGUAGUGUUUUGAGCUAAGCCUAACUCAUUUCAAUUUGCAUUUGACAUAUAGCUGAGUAAUGUAUUAAGAGCAAGUCAUGUUCUUAAAAAGUUCUACAAUAUUUAGAUGUAUAUUUUCUUUGAGAUU